GCGAUAACGUCCGGUUUAUAUAGACCCCAACGGUCUUCGUCCUCGCGCCCGUGCUUUGGGUUUGAGCAGUUGAAUCAAUAUCCCUUGUGGUUUAGUAUCCAUUCUUGAUUCAGCCUUCAAACAUUGGCGAUUGGUAACGAGAACUCGGUCGGGAUCCAUCAUGGUUUACUCCAGCCUCCAAAAGUCGCCUCCGCUCGACUUGUCGCAUCAUCUCUCGGCGGUGACCAAGAGACGCGAGAACAGUCUGGUGAAGAGCCUCUACAAGUACAUGAUCCGACCCAAUGUCGAUAAUAUGGCGGGUGGCUUGCCAAAUGCGUCAUACUUCCCCUACGAGACCCUCGAGGCCACGGUCGCCCACCCCCAGCGAUUCGCGGUGACGACAACCACAGAAAAAGGAGACGCGCGGUCCACGGACCGCAUGGUCGUCCCCAAGGAAACCCCCCAUGCCAACACGCUCCACAAGGUCGAUGUCGCCACGGCCCUGCAGUAUGGCACCGCCGAGGGACUGCCGGCCCUGGCCACGUUUGUGCGCGAGUUCGCCCGCGAGCAUCUCCACCCCAACGUCCCCUAUGCGGGCGGGCCGGCGACUCUACUCACGACGGGGGCGACCGACGGCCUGUCCAAGGCCGUGGAGGCGUUCACCACCGCGUGGGAUCCGCGGCGCGACUGGAUCAAUCAGCGGGAGGGCGUGCUCUGCGAGGAGUUCGUCUUCAUGAACGCCAUCCAGACCUUCCAGCCCCGGGGCGUCAACGUCGCCACCGUCGCCAUCGACGCGGAGGGGAUGGUCGCGCACGGCAAGGGCGGGUUGGCGGAUGUGCUGGAGAACUGGGAUUUCAAGAAAGGUCGUCGCCCGCAUCUGAUGUACACCAUCACAAUCGGCCAAAAUCCCACGGGCGGGACUCUGUCCGUGGAACGCCGGAAGGAGAUCUAUGCGCUGUGUCAGCGGUACGACAUCCUGAUCAUCGAAGACGACCCGUACUGGAACCUCCAGUACCCGUCCGCGGCGGCCACGGAGGCCCAGUACCGCGGCUCGCCCGCCGCGGUCCACCCGGCCCCGCGCAACUAUAACGCCCACGGCCGGUCCUCCGGGUACGCGUUCCUGGACUCGCUGGUCCCCUCGUAUCUGUCGGUGGACACGGACGGCCGCGUCGUGCGGCUGGACACGUUCUCCAAGACCAUCGCCCCCGGGUGUCGGCUGGGCUGGAUCACCGCCCAGCCGGCCUUCAUCGAGCGGUUGACCCGCAUCACCGAGACGAGCACCCAGCAGCCGUCCGGGUUCGUGCAGGCUAUGGUGGCGGAGUUGAUCGUAGGUCAGCAGGUGGAAUCGGGUACCAGUUCAAACCGCAAGAGCAAGGGCAAGCCGCGCGCCUGGCAGAUGGAUGGCUGGGUGCGGUGGCUGGAGGGGCUGCGCGCGAGCUACGAGCAGCGCAUGCGCGACAUGUGCACAGUCCUGGAGGAGGGGAAGUACCUGGUCGAUACGGACGAGGCAGACACAAAUGCAGGGACCUGGGAGGUGCUGGACAAGGUGCAGAUGUAUGACUUUACGUGGCCCACCGGCGGCAUGUUCGUGUGGCUGAAGGUCAGCAUCGAGACGCAUCCCUUGCUGCAGAGGUACGGGGCCGAGCGCUUGAGCAAGGCGCUCUGGCUGCAGCUCAUGGAGAAACCGUACCUGUGUCUGAUGAGUCCCGGGUCGUUGUUCGCGCCCACCCCUGCGGCGCUCAUCCGCUCGCAGCAGUACUUCCGGCUCUGCUUUGCGGCGAUGCCCGCGGAGGAGGUCGCCGGCAUCACUCGGCGGUUGGUGGACGGGUUCCGGGCGUUCUGGAGGAGGAAGGACCUGGAUGGUUUGGAGGACGAGGCGGUGAUGCUGCAGAGGUUGCAGUUGGAGGGGCCGGCGAAUAUGAUGGGGUUGGGGUGUUAAAUUGUUUGGUUUGUGUCGGUACUCCGUACUGCAGUAACCCGUGAUGACGAGACAAAGUAAAUAUGGUUCAUAGAGACGGUACCCUGUCAAAGAUAUCCCCGUCAAACUACCACACCAU